GGUCCCUGUGACAGGCAGCAAGGUUAGCUUCUGCCCGCCAGCUCAGCUCUCCAGAGGACCUCAACAAAAAACCUCAGAGCGAGGGUGAAAGGCACACAGGUGGAAAGAGGUUUCACUGGCCCUCACAAGAACACCAUGUAGGUUGUCCCUCAAGGGGCACGUAUUUCAGAACACACCUGAGUGUUGACCUGCUGCUGUGUGCACAUGCUGAAGCUCUGAAGGAAGGGAAGCCUCAUACAUGAGUCUUUAUUGUACAUUAACUGUUAUCAGAGCAGGACCCUCCACACAGGCUUCUGCACCCUGGCAGGAACCAACACAGCCCCCACACAGCCACCACGGUGGCGCCUGGCUCAUUAGGUCCAUGUUCGGUGAGGCUGCAUGGAACUCAGUGGGUGCAAACACAUGAAUCGUAGCUGCGGGCGGAGGAAUAUCAGGUGCAUCUCUAUGCCUGGAGGGCUCAACUCCUACACUUAAAUCCCUCCCACUGGAACAGCCGGCUCCAGUUUCACCGAGCCAGCGAGCCGGCGUGAGAACAGAUCCUGCUCCUCAGCCCUCAGCACCUCUCCGGCACUGUGUCCCAGCACUGCCCACCUCCGCUCUAUUGUAAGACCCUGAGCACAUGAAGCUGGCUUCAAAUAAAAGUGCUCAGAAACAAGAGGAAAGACUCACCUCCUGAAAAGCCACAAGCUCCUGAUUAAAGAGGGGCCAGCAGUGACCACACUACUGAGCAGACCCGAGUCCAAACACAGAGGACAAUGAGCCUCCUGAAGGAACGAAAGCCAAAAAAGCCACACUAUAUCCCGAGGCCCCCAGGAAAGCCCUUCAAGUACAAAUGCUUCCAGUGUCCCUUCACCUGCAAUGAGAAGUCACACCUCUUCAACCACAUGAAGUACGGUCUCUGUAAGAACUCCAUCACCUUGGUGUCAGAACAAGAUCGUGUGCCCAAGUGCCCCAAGUCCAGCUCUCUGGACCCUAAGCAGACCCACCAGCCAGAGCCUGCCACAAAGCUGGCCACUUCCAAGUCCCUUACAAACGGACUCUCCAGCUUUGAUCCGAAGACUCCUCAGGGCUUUACCAGUGAAGAUACCAAAGAGAACCUGGAGUUGCGGGCUCGAGGGACCCACAAGUGCCCGCAGAAGCCAGCCCUCCAGAAGGAAAUGGCACCAGAUGCUGUCCUCAGCACCCAGCCUGGUCUGGACAGCGGGCUUCGGCCUUCAGCAUUUGUUCCAGUUGGGGAGCACAGACUUAGGGGGCCAGAAGACACAGAGGCUCCUGAAAUAUUGGCAUUAACCAGCCCGACAACCAAAGCCACGUCUUUCCAUGCCAAGUCUGCAUUCCACACUCCAGGCUAUCCCUGGAAAGCUGGAUCCCCAUUCCUCCCACCUGAGUUUCCACAUAAAAUCCCAACUACAAAGGGUUUCAGUGCCAUCUCUCCCUAUGUGCACCCCGCAAUCCCAGAGUACCCCCCUCCCUUCUACACAGAGCAUGGGCUGGCUGCCAUCUACUCCCCCUACCUGCUGACUGGAAAUGCACCUGAAUGUGACACCACCCUGCUUUCCGUCUAUGGGGCUCAAGACCAGAGACACUUCCUGCCUCACCCGGGGCCGCUCCCAAAGCACUUGAACCCGUCCCCAUCAACAUAUGAGCACUACAGGUUUCUCCAGCAAUACCACUCCAACCUGCCAAUUCCUUAUGGAUUUUACAGACCGGAGUCUGCAUUUUCCUCCUACGGUCUCAGGCUCCCACCUGUCACGGGCAUCACACGUGAUCAGAGUUCUCGCCUGCUUGAAGAAGCCACCCUAGCCUAUCCGGUUUCAAGUCCCUCUGAGUUAAACUCUCCAAACUCCCACAAAAAACACACAGAGUUUGAGAAGGAAAGCCCAACACCCAAGACUAAAGACCCCUCCAAAGACGGACAGAGGGACACAGAAGGAGCCAAAAUGAGCCCCCGUGCAGGCAGUGCAGCCACAGGCUCCCCAGGAAGGCCAAGCCCCACCAACUUCACACAGACAAGCCAGACAUGUGAAGGCCUAUAUGACCUCUCAAACAAAGCAGCCUCCAUGGGGACCCUAGGGCGACUCCAGCAGCCUGAGCAGAGCUCUACAGCCUUUAAACCUGUCCCUCAUUCCCAGACAACUGCAAACAGAGCAGAGUCUCCAAAAAGCCUCCAGGCCAUGGACAGAGACCCUCCAGACCAGACAGGCAGUGCCUCUCCCACCAUGGAGGCCCCACCGUCCAGCCCAGAGGAUGGCUCCAGGAUAGGCCCCCUCAACCUCUCUAAGAGGUCAGAGGCUACACCUGCAGCUGCUCAUGGACCCAUGUACUCAGGCAGUGCCCAGGAAGAGAGCCUGGGCUUCUCAGAGCUACAGGAUCUGCCCCUCAAUCUCUCUGUGAAGGACCCCUGUAAUGCCCGGGCUCUGAGGCCUGCCCUUCCCAGCCCACCACAUGGCACAGGACCUGCUGCUGCUGCUCCAAAGACUGAGGAAAAGAGAUCCGGGGACAGGCCAACCCACAUAGAGACACAGCGUGUUGAGGCCCCAAAUGGGAAAGGCCCAGAAGCACACGUGGUGGACAGCAGUGAGGAGCAGAAGCAGACGGCAGCUGUGGCCCUCUGUCAGCUGGCAGCCUACAGCCCAGGGAAUGUCCGUGUGGGCGAUGGGGAGCCUGCAGUCCAGGACUGCCAAGACGUGCCCACUCUUGGUUCCACAGAGAACCAGGAGACACAGUGUGACCCCAGACCCAAAGGACAAAAGAGGACCAGUCAAAGGGAUGCAGGAAAAUCCCAACAAGGAGCUAAGAAGCUGAAGCCAAGUGACACAGCACCAAGAGUGCUCACUCUACGCAAAAGGACCCGGGUGUCCUGAGGCCUGGCUCUCACAGGUGCUCAGGGCUGUGGCCACAUGUGCCCUCCACAUUGAGUUAUAGGCAGCACUUUUACCUUUUUUUUGUUUGUUUUUUUGUUUUCUUGAGGUGGGGUCUCGCUGUGCUGCCCAGACUGGCCCUACACUUAUGAUCCCGGGCCUUACGAGUACAGGAACAACCGGUAUCAAAAGCACGCCAGACUGUACCUUCACUUUUAUCCAGUCAAGUUUUACUAAUGCAAAUUUUUCCCAAAAAGAAAAAAAAAAGGACCAUA